AUGGCCUCCCAGAAACUGCGUGAGAAUCUCGUCUUCACUGCGAAGCUCGCCGAGCAGGCGGAGCGAUACGAUGGUGAGAUCUUCUACUCCAGAUCUUGUGAAAUUGGGGCUGUGGAUGGGAUUUCGGGGUGAAUCCUUGCUAGAACAACGGGCACUGGAUUUCGCACCUGAUUUCUCGGUUUUCUUCGCAGAGAUGGUGAACUCCGUGAAGACUCUAGUGAAGCUCAACGUGGAGCUGACCGUGGAGGAAAGAAACCUAUUCUCCGUGGGUUACAAGAACGUGGUCGGAGCCAGGAGGGCCUCGUGGAGGAUCCUGUCCUCCAUCGAGCAGAAGGAGGAGUCUAAGGGGAACGAGCAGAAUGCGCGGAGGAUCAAGGAGUACCGACAAAAGGUGGAAUCCGAGCUUUCUAGCAUCUGCGGCGAGAUAAUGUCGGUUCUCGACCAGCAUCUUAUCCCUUCAUCGUCCGCUGGGGAAUCCACCGUCUUUUACUACAAAAUGUGAGGCAAAAAACCUUUUUGAAUUUGUAUUUCUUUCCGUCGUGCAUGACUUUCUCGUUGACAUCCGAUUUCAAAUGGCAGGAAGGGAGAUUACUAUCGAUACCUUGCCGAGUUUAUGUCAGGGAACGAGAGAAAGGAAGCUGCUGAACAGUCAAUGAAAGCUUACCAGGUCUAGUUUUCGUCAAUAUGUGUAUCCUCGUUUCAUUAUCCCUUAUUAAUGAGUCUCGCCUCUCUCGUUCUCUCAUAAGCCGAUAUUUUCUCGAUGCAAGCACAUUUAUUGUUGGUUUGUGUUUGGUUUUCCAAUUUUGGGGAAUUAUUGGCUGAUAUCCAUGUGGACCGUAUUGUUUACAAAACUUGUCCCACAGCACCAUCCAUAAUUUUUUAUUUUUCUAUCCAGUAUGCCUUAUUUGACUAAUGUUUUUCUACAUUGCUAUAUGGCUCUGCUAGUGCAAAGUUGCUUAAGCGUCAUUAAAUACUCCUUCAUAAUGAGUAUUAUGAUUCCUUUACGAAGAGGAUGCACGUUCUUAUGGCGAGUGAAUGGCUUAUUGGAGAAAUUACGUCUGAGAGCAUUUGACAUGGGAUUCCAUUCCCUUUGGGUAAUGUAGCAAAGUCAUAUAUCUACUUAAGAGUAAUAGUUUUGUUCAUAUUUCUGCUUGCCCAUCUGGGAGACCUAAAAAACAAGUAACAUCUCUGGGUCUGAAGAGUAGUUAAUGAGAUGCUGGUUGGUACGCAAGGAACAUGACAGCAUGGAUGUUUUUUAAAUGUUUUAAUAAAUUAAAUGAGGGCUACUAAUUCUGCAUUACUGCUGCGUUGGUGCACGCUUCUAUUCGUUGUUUAAUGUUUCUAUUUCUGUCAUUUGCCAGAUUUUUUCACCCUUUCUACUGGAUUUUAUAGAGUUAUAUCCUUUCAUCUGCUUAAUUUAAUAACAAGACCAAUUUCCCUAUUCCACGAAUGCUGUCAUUUUAGAGAUAUACAUGAAAAAGUUCUUUUUCCGUUCUAGGUGACCAAUCUGUGAAAUUGAGUGAUUCAUAUUUACGUGAAAAUAUUUUAUCGACUGCAUUUUGACAGUUUAACUGGUGUUUCCGAGGAUUUCGCUCAAAUGAAAAUCGUGAAAUGACUAACCCCUUUGUUAGGUUACCUGCAGUUUGUUUUCAUCUGUUUGGCGCUGAAAAAUAUUUCCUGUAAAUUACAACUCGGACGCAAACUUCACCAAUUAUCAGUUUGGAUUAUAUAAAGUAAAUAUGAAAUAAUAAAAUUUUAAUUCUUGAAUUGCCAUUGUCUUAAUUGGUGGGGAAAUUAUUGCUUUUUGCCUUGAUGAAAACAUCUAUACAGUCUAGCUCAUAUACUUUAUAUCUAUUUUUUAAUACUGGGGGGAGAUCCUUGGCUGCUAUUUCUUCAUAAUAACUAAAUAGAUGCUCUAGGAUGUUAGAAACAUUCUUAUAAUUACUAUUCAAUGCACUGUUGAAUAAUGUGACCCGUGAGUGUGCUCUGCCAUUCAUUACCUUCUAAAUUAGGCAGCAUUAAUCUACAUGGAUGAUUGGCCUUCCAAAAUCAUUAUCUUCUUAAUUUUUGUAUAGGAUUUUUCUUUAUUGCUAAUUCCUGAAAGACAUGGCGGAAAAGAAAAAGUCCUUACUGUGUUUAAUCAACUUUUUUCAGGCAGCAACUGCCGCUGCUGAGGCAGAUUUAUCUCCUACACAUCCUGUUAGAUUGGGUCUGGCAUUAAAUUUUUCUGUGUUUUAUUAUGAGAUUCUGAAUUCUCCUGAAAGGUAUGAAUGACUGCUGCAAGAUUACUCGUCUCUUUUAAGCACUAGGUUACUUGACGCCCUUGCAAUCUGCGUUUGUGCUUCAGAGCUUGUCACCUGGCCAAACAAGCAUUUGAUGGAGCCAUUUCUGCACUCGACUCUCUGAGUGAAGAAUCGUACAAAGAUAGCACGUUGAUAAUGCAACUUUUAAGAGACAACCUCACUUUGUGGACUUCAGAUAUUAAUGAAGAUCCAGGUAAGAACCCCAUUCAUUAGCAAGGUCAGAUUCUGAAGCUUAUGUACCCAGAAAAUUGCCAUUUCUUUUGAGCAAGGGAAUUCGGUUAUCAUACGAUCCGUCCCAAGCCUGAUUACAGGCCUUUUCUCUGGAUCUGUGCCAUGAAAAGCCACCUGAGUUCAGUUUUCUCUUGCCCAAACUCGUUGAAGCCCCCAGUUGUAUUAUACGCAUCAACCCAUCUAAUGGCCUAUUUCAAUUGGAGUAAUUUCUUGGGCUUAACACUUCGCACAAUAAGCGCAUAACGAGUCAAAGUCGCGCACCUACAAAGCUAUCUAACGAAUUUGCAUUCUGAAAUGCAAAAUGAAAUUGGGGCACGGUAGCUUCUUGUAAGUAGUUUUGAAUUGCUCAAGGCGUUGGUUGUUCUUCCUCUUAUUGGAUUCCUCUUUCCACAGAAGACACAAUGAGGGAGGAUGUCAGUAGGGCAGACGCAGAUGAAGAUAUGGCGGGGGUGAGUUUUCUCACCUAAGCGAGUACCCACAUGAAGGGAGCUCGGGAGAAUUGAGUCUGACCCUUCUGGCAAUUUGUGUAUCUUUGCAGUGAAGUGCUGACAUAAAAGGAAUUCACCACUAGACAUGAAUGAUUGGAUGAAGAUGGCGAAUCAGUGGAGGAUGCCCCGAGCUCUGUCCUCUCCUGUUCUUGA